AUGACAGACGAUGCAAGACACAAACGUGAGCCACGUGAGAUGGUGUUGACACCGACAAUGGUUCUGAGGAUGGUGACUAUGACGGGAAUCUUGAUGUUGGCAUUAAUAGGGAUGAGUUUCAGGCAGGCACCCGGGGGCUGUGAUGCCGGGAAGUGCCGCGGCGUGUACAUGUCGCCCGCGUACGCGCGGGUGGACGGGUUUGACGGGACGCACACGCGGUUCGCUUCGAAAUACUCGUUGUACUUGUACCGGGAGCAGGGCAAGGACCGGCUGCCGGAUGGCCCCGGUGGGCUAGGCGGGGGGUUCCGGCUCACGGGGACACCCGUGCUUUUCAUCCCUGGCAACGCUGGCAGCUACAAGCAGGUGCGAUCGAUCGCCGCCGAGGCCGCGGCGCAGUUCUACGGGGAGCAAGUGGAAAAUUCGCGGGAAGAAAAAAUUUAUUUGGACCGCGAUAAUAAUUUCAUCGGGGGGCCCAGAGGCAGCAACGGCACAAAUCUUGAUUUUUUCGCCGCUGAUUUCAACGGUGAUUUCACAGCAUUCCACGGCCGGACGAUGCUGGACCAGUCUGAGUACCUGAAUGAGGCCGUGAGGUUCAUUCUUUCGUUGUAUCGAGGAAAUAAGCACCCGGCAACAUCAGUAAUCCUUGUAGGCCAUUCCAUGGGUGGAGUGGUGGCCCGAGUGAUGCUCACGCUGCCCAAUUACCUGCCGGGGUCGGUCACCACGAUCCUCACGCUUGCUGCACCGCAUGCAGCGGCCCCUGCGACUUUUGACAAGGAGCUACUUGAUGUUUUUUCUGAGACGAACAAAUAUUGGCGGUUGGGGUACGCAAGGGAAGAGAGUGGAAGAGGGUUGCAUAAGCGGGAGCAAGCGAAUAAAGCUGAGUUGGGUAAAGCUACUUUGGAUGAGCUUGAUAAAGCUGAUUUGGAUACAGCUACUUUCGAUAAGCUUGAGAAAGCUAAUUUAGCUACUUUGGAUAAACUUGAGAAAGCUACCUUGCAUAUAGCUACUUUGGAUAAACUUGAUAAAGCUGUGAGAGGUUCUCGGAAUCAGGACAAUGUGAAACCUGAUCAGGAUAAUGCUAAUGAUGACAUUGAUGCCUCUACUAUAGCUAUUCAGAAAAAAGCCAUUCUGAACAAGGCUGCCAAGAAAAAAUACACCCCAAAUAUUGACGAUAAGCCUAAAGCCAACGCUAAAGCUGUCAGCAAAAAAGCAAAACGCAUCCACAAUAAAGCCUCGCAGGCCAGAGAAAGACUCUGCAACGUCACUGUUGUGUCAAUUACCGGCGGGAUAUUGGACACAACACUUCCCGCGGCUCUCACAGUGCUUACCGGGCUGGUUCCCGCAUCACACGGGUUGACGGUUUCUACCAGCGGAAUUCCCGGGGUCUGGACACCGAUGGACCACUUGGCAAUUGUGUGGUGCGACCAGUUGCGACGCAUCGUUGCACGGGCGCUUCUCGACGUCACCGACGCGUCGAUGCAGCCCCUCCCGGUUGAGCAGCGAAUGCGGAUUUUCCGGCGGAACUUCGUGGGCAACGUGGAGGGCAAAAUGCAUGAUAUGGGUAUAGCGAAGGGCAACGCGCAGGGCAAAACGCAGGGCAAGAAUAUAGCGCAAGGCAUCGCGCAGGGCAACGUCCAAGGCAACACCCAAGGCAUCCCCCGCUUCGGCCUAAAAAUCGACCUCAAGCAACUUAAGGACUCUGCGCGCGAGCGUAGCUUCGAACUCCCCCGCUCCGCAAGCCGUAGGGGACUCGGCACUCCCGCAAUUCAUCUGUUCCACCUUACCGGCGCAAGGUUCGACAUGCUCAGCUCGGUGCGCCCCGCCAGCAUGGCGCAACUUGCUGCCGGCAGCGCGCCGGCGGUCCUGCUCUGCCGGGCUGUGCCGGAACAGCAGCAGGACGGUGACGUCGUGUUCGACUACACGACGCCGGCGACCAGCGAGUUCGUGCAGCUUGAAUGUGUGGAUUUGGAAAAAAAUGUGGAGGUUGUUCCGCGGUCGGUCGGGUCGAUCGGCGCGUCGAAUGACUUGGUGAAGGACUCUAAUGAUGGCAUUUCUCGGUCAUCAGAAGACUCUUCUCAGCUCUCUGAUGACUCCUCCCAGUUCUCUGAUGACACCUCCCUUCCUUUAGAAUAUCCGUUUUCUGGUGGUUCCACAUUUUUCUCGCUUCACCUCUCGUCAUCCACCCUGCGCGGAUUCAACACCGUUGUGAUUGCGGAGCAGGAUGCGGCGGUGCCUGCGCGCCACUUUUUCCUUGCGGGUCUCGAGCCGCAGGCCGCAGGGCGCGUGUCCUUGGGCCGGCGCAGCCUCUGGACGCUUCUGACGCGCGGCUACGACCUCACGCUUCCGUCACACCGGCCGCUGGCCAUAGACGUCGACGUACCGUCCGCGCGCACGGCGCUACUCGCGUACCGCGUGGCGCUCCGCUACCGGCCGUCUGUGCGUGAGCGCUUUGCGCCACUGCUGCGGCAGAGCGCAGGCGACGAGGUCAAGUGGCACGUUGCGCUGGGAGGGUCGCGCCGCGGCGCAGGUCACGUGACCGCCCGCAUUAUGGGCGCUACUCCCUUUGUGCCUUACAACAAGACCACCUCACACCUCACACUGCGCUUGUUUGCAGACACCCUCGCAUCUGACCGUAUUAUGGACGUGUACAUUUCAAUUGACUGGUUCCAGUCUUUGCGCAACCUUGUUUUGCCCUACCGCCUUUCUGUGGUUGGAUUGCCGCUUUCUGUUGUCGCGGCUGCGCUGCUGCUGCAGCUCGCGCAUUACAGCUCGCGCGGCGUGUUCCCACCCUUUCGCACUGCGCUACUCUGGCUGUGCCGCCCCGGCGUGCUUGGUUCCGCGCUGCUUGCCGCUGCCGCACUUGUCGCUGCGCUCGCCGCGCACCCGGGAUUACAGGCGCUUUUUGCGCGCUUGGAUCCUGCACAACCCCGCAUGGCGGAUUCGCUCCUCCGUACCGUUGGCGACACAGACACCCGCAGCGAUAACUGCUUUCUCGGGAUUGGAGAGCCUGCGCUCUGGUUCUACGGUCCCUGCGCUCUCGCAAUCGCAGUCUCGCUGGUGGCGGUGCUCAGCACACUUGUGUCGGGUGCCUGCAGCGCCGUCGCGUCUGCUUGCCUGCGGGUUGCGCGGCGCAUACGACACCCACGGCUCGGUGGUGCAGGCGCGGCGCACGGCCGCCGCAGAACUGGUGCGGCUCUCCUCCUCAUGGCGCUCGUGCUUCUCUACCUACCAUACCAGUUCGCAUUUGUCGUCUGCUACGGCACGCAAAUUUUUGUCGUUUUGCGCGCGCACGUUUUGGUUCUUAUGGAGACGGCGAGAAAUUCAAAGGCUGUGUCAGUGCGUAUUUCGGGAAGCCUUGGAAAUUCUAGAACAUGUAUAGCUAAUAAGGCUUAUGGGGUUAAUACGAUUAAUGAUGCCGGUGAGAUUGAUGCUAACAGGGCUGAUACUAAAGAAGUUGAUGAUGUUAAUUCCGAGGAGGUGAUUUCUGAUGUUAAUAAUGUUAAUGCUGUUAAUUCUGCUAAUUCUGCUAAUUCCGAUGAUAAUGUUGGUGAUGUCAAUUCUGCUAAUUCUGUUGAUGAUUUUGGUGAUGUUGAUAAUGUUGAUGAUGUUAAUUCUCUUAAUUCUUUUAAUGUCAACUCCGGCUUCAACGCUAGUGCUUAUGCUACUAGCACUAACGCAAAUGCCUUCUCUGCACUCCUUAACUACAGAAACUUCAACCUCUCUCUUCUUCUCCUCAUGACUUGCGUCCUCCCCAUUAACAUCCCAGUAUUGAUUGUGUGGGUUCACAACUUCUCGCUCAAAUGGGCAACUCCCUUCUCCUCGCACCACAAUAUUCUGGCGGUGCUCCCUAUAGUGCUUUUGGUCCAGAUGAACAACUCGGGAUGUCUCUUUUCUCCAAUUGUACUCAGAUCCCAGCAGCUGCUAACAGAGGCUUCACAAGAUCCACUGACUGCUUUGCGUAAUGUUGUAAUAUUAGCUGUGCUUCGGUUGCUCACAGAGGUUGAAUAA